CUUUCCGGAGAUAUGAAUAAAAUUUUGUUGUAGAUGGCGGUAGUUUUGAAGAUAUUUCGAACACUGCUUAACAUAAGAGAUCGAUCCGUUUUUUAUUACAAUCAGAAAAAUUAGAUUGAUUUUUUGUGAAAGUUUCAUGCAAUCAUUUUGAAUUUCAUCGAGCUCAGAAAAUCAACAACAAAUCUGUAGUCGACUCGAUGAUUCAUUGCACUGUGGCUACAGAGUAAUUGAUCGUAAAUACAAGAGGAAAGAAAAAAGAAAUCUAUUGGUUUAUCUGCUUCAGUCAAUAAGAAUGAGAGAAAGCAAGGUGGCGUACGCUUCAAAAAUUGUGCGAGCGAUUACAUAAAGCAUAUUGAUUCAGAUAAAUAUUAAAACAUGUUUGAAGAAAAAAACUUUCACAAAAAAAAAGAAAAAAGCAUGUUAAGAAAUAAAUAUGUCUAGAACGAAUGGUAUAGGUGUGAGUCUUUUCACAAACACUCGCAUCACAUCAGCACCAGCACUGACAUCCCUAUCUCUCUUUUCUUUGCGUUCCAAAUAUAUUUAUUUCUCAACACUUUUUUUGAGAAUUUUUUUUUUUCAAAUAAAUAUAUAUUUAUAUUUAUCUCAAUUAAUAUGCUUUUCCUAGAUAAAGUACUGAAGUCAGGGUACCCAUAUACUGGAAAAGUCUCAGCAAGGUACCCAACGUAGGUACUUUAAAAAUUCUCAGUGAUCACACUGAUGCAUGUACUUUCUCAGGUAUCCGUAUCAGUAUUUGUGCCGAGCAAAUACUUGUAUGAGUACCCACAUAGGUAAAUUUACUGAGGCAAACUCAGCUAGGUACCACCAUUUCCUAUUUUCUCUGUUAACGCACUGGGACAACGCAUUAAUGAACUAAAGCAAAAAUUGGAUUUAGUGGUGGAACCAGGAUUUCGGUCUAGGGGGAGCUGAGCUCCAUCUUAAUUGUCCAAAGUCUGUUUACAACAGUAAAAGAUUUUUUUUGAAAACUUUCAAGCUGGAGGCGGUUCUUUGCGUCCUAAUAUCCUAUUUAAUCACUUUUUGUUCUUGCUCAUGUAUUUUUUUAUAUAUCUAUCAACAUAUGAUCAGAUUAUAUUUCUAAUUUAUUUCAUAUAACUUAACCGCAUUAACACAAUCCUACUAUUUUUAUGUUUUAUGGCGAAUACAUUGACAACUUUUUCAAAGUCUCUUUCUAUAGCCAAUACACUAAGAACCCCAGGUCUCUCAUCACCCAUCGAGUUUCGAGCAUAAUUUUUAAUCAAUUUCAUUUUUAAAAACGAUCUUUCAAAUCCGACGGAUGAUACAGGAAAUGUGGCAGCGCCUUUGAUCAAAGCAACAUGGUGUGGGGUGUGGGUGUGAGUGUCUUAUCUUCAUACACACCCACACCCACCCACAGCCACACCCCACACCCUUUUCAAAUGAAUUAUUUUUGAAAAUGGACAACGUAUGAUAAAUAAAAAUAAGACAAAAAAGAUUUGAUUUAUUUAUUUUAUAUAGAUUUACAAGUUAUCUUCAAUUGUUAUUUGUAUUUACUUUUGUUUUAAGUACAACAACAUGGUUACUUCUUGAUAAUACAUCUUAUAUUGAAACAAUUGGCUUUCUAGCCGUAUUUUUCAAAGCUUUAUUAGGUACACCACAAUUUAUGCGUAAUUUUCGAUUAAAAUCAACUGAAGGAAUAAGUAUGAAAAAUACCGUCAUUGUUUCAUCACCAGAUAAAUUAAUUAUUGGUGGUGAACAUGCUAUUGUUUAUGGUUGCCGAGCUUUGGUUACGAGUAUUGGUAUGCGUUUAUAUAUACAAUUAACAAAAGAAAAACAACGAGUUUAUUUUAUUGAUUUACUAAAUAUAUGUUUAUCAUAUCCAAUUGAAGUUGAAGCUAUACUUUAUGUUUAUAAUCAUUUUAAAUCUUUUAUAUCUAAUCAAAGUCAAUUGAAUAUACAAAUACCUUCUGAAAUUCAUAUUGGUGUUGGACUUGGUUCAAGUCCAGCAUUUAGUGUUUGUCUUGUUGGUUGUUUUUAUCUUCUUUAUUAUAAAAAAUUGAAUCAAGAAGAUAUUAAUGAAGUGUUAUAUAAAGUUGAAUGUAUGUUUCAUGGAACACCAUCUAGUAUUGAUAAUUCAAUAAGUGCAUACGGACAAUCACUUGUUUAUAGUCAAACAUUAAAUAAACAUAUUAAUUUUCAUUUAUCAAAUUUAACUAUUAUUGAUACAAAUGGAGAAAAAAUUUUAAAUAAUAUUGAAUUAUCUGUUGAUACAAUGAUUGAACAUCCAGAACAAAUUAAUCAAUUAUUUCAACAAAAUCAACAAUUACUUAAGCCAAAAAUUACAGGUGCUGGUGGUGGAGAUUGUCUUAUUGCAUUAACAUCUGAUUUUACAAAAGAUCAAAUUUUAGAUUUAUUAAAAGAUAAUCAUAUUAAAUCAAUUUAUUUUGUUGAAUAUAGUGUUGAAGGUUUACGAGAAGAGCAAACAUUUAAAAUCUUGUUUAUUUUUUUUGUUUUUAUUAUAAAAAAUAUUUGUUAUUUUAUGUGCAUGACUCGGAAAUCAAUUUAA